AUGUAUUUCUUUCGUCUUAAAAUUCGAUAUAUCGCUGAACAUCGACGUACACUUGCCAAUGCGCGACUUAAUUCAGCCACAAGAUCAGAUCAACGCACUGCUGGGGUAUCACCUUCGGCUGUUCAGCUUCCAGUGCCAAUGGCUCUUUGGAAACGAUUAUCACCUGUUGGCAUAGUGAUGUCAUUAAUUAUUGAUUGGGGAAACAGAUUUCCUUUGAUUUUGCAAAUGCAGCAAGUCAUAGAAUUCUUAAAACAAAGAAAUUAA